GAUCAUAACAAAAAUUAGAGAAGACAGACAAGGAGGGAAGAGUUUAUUUGUAACGGAAAAGCCACAAAAUCACCGUAUUAUAAGCACAAUAUACGGUGCUUUGAACUCUACCUAAUAGCAAGACCACCGCCAUUUUUCCCACUCAAAACUAAGAUCACAGCAGAGAAAUUGAGGUCGUGAUGGUUGGACCACAGAGGCCACAAUUCGUUCUAUUUGGAUCCUCCAUUGUUCAGAUCAGUUACAGCAAUGGCGGUUGGGGUUCCAUUCUCUCCGACAUUUAUGCUCGUAAAGCAGACGUAAUAUUGCGAGGUUACUAUGGUUGGAACUCCAGACGUGCUCUACAGGUCCUUGAUCAAGUAUUUCCAAAGGAUGCAGCUGUUCAGCCCACAUUGGUGGUUGUUUACUUUGGCGGUAAUGAUUCAAUGGGACCUCAUUCAUCUGGAUUAGGUCCUCAUGUACCUCUUCCAGAGUACAUUGAGAACAUGAGAAAAAUUGCAACUCAUCUUAAGAGCCUCUCAGAGAAUAUUCGCAUUAUCUUUCUCAGUUGUCCACCUGUUGAUGAGGCCAGAGUUCGUGAAAAUACAAGUUCAUACUUCAGUGAGUUGGUUCGGACAAAUGAGUUGUGUCGACAGUAUUCGGAGGCCUGUAUAGAGCUGUGUAAUGAGAUGAAUCUGAAGGUUGUUGAUCUUUGGACAGCACUUCAGAAAAGGGAAGAUUGGUUGACUGCUUGCUUUACGGAUGGGAUUCACUUGGCGGAGGCAGGGAGUAAAAUAGUUGUUGAAGAGAUCAUCAAGGUAUUGAAGGAAGCUGAGUGGACACCUAGUUUAUACUGGAAAUCCAUGCCAACAGAAUUUGCAGAAGACUCACCUUAUGAUUUAGUUCUUGCGGAUGGCAAAACCACAAUAAACCCAUCCGAGUGGACAUACCAUCGAGAAAUUCAAUGGGAUUAGAUUUCCCUUUGUAAGCUUUUGCAUUAUUGAAACAUAAAGAAUGUAUAUGCAUAAAACUUGGGAGUGAAGUUCAGAAUUUACUUUUUUUUUUGGCUAAUAGAACUUACCUUGUAAUGGUGUAAUUGCAGUUUCUCUUGUCUCUAAGAAGAUAUAGACAUAUAGUGGUAGUUUCUUUCUCA